GCGCGUGGUUGCCUGAUGACAGAUCCGAUCAAUUAGCCCCUCAUAGCAUGGGCUACUGUGGAAAUGGGCUAGUGUGGAAGGAGGAACGAAACCCCCCCUUUACUGUUUGCUGACAGUUAAAAAAAAAUGGCCACGCCAUCGGAGACUAAGCGACUACUCUUCCUAAUAAUUAUUGUUUUACUGAGUUUAACGCCUCUCUCGGAAGCAAACGGCACAACAUAUGUCACUUGUGGUUCAAUUCUGAAGUUGUUGAAUGUUGCUUACAACGUUAGACUUCAUUCUCAUGAUAUUAAAUAUAGAAGUGGAAGUGGCCAGCAGUCAGUAACUGGGACCGAAGCUAAAGAGGAUAUCAAUUCAUAUUGGCUGGUGAAGGCGGCCACCGGGAAGCAGUGCCCUCGAGGGGAGCGAAUUUCAUGCGGAGUUUUACUAAGACUGGAGCAUGUAGCUACGAAGAAAAAUCUUCAUUCCCAUCAUGUGAAUUCUCCUCUCAGCAGAGGACUGGAGGUCUCAGCCUAUGGAGAUCAAAAUGGAGAAGGAGACUCUGGGGACCAUUGGACUGUACUUUGUAACUCUGAUUACUGGACACACCGUGAACCUAUUAGGCUGAGCCAUGUGGACACUCAUAAAUUUUUAGCGGCAAGUGGAAGCACGUAUGGAUCUCCAAUAUCUGGACAGAUGGAGAUAGUUGGUGAUGAUUCAUCAAAUAGUGAUUACAUUCAAUGGAAAGCAAUGGAGGGCUGCUUCAUCCACCCCAACAAAUUAGAGAGUCUACAUGACCGCCAUACGGAGCUCUAAGCAUUUCUCUGUUAGGACUAGAAAAAUUGGAAAAUAAAGAAAGAUAAUCAUGGACUGAUGUGGCUUUCAUAAAGCAAAAUACAUAGCCAUUUCCAGUAAUCAAGCUCAGCUUAUAUUAUUGAUUGUACAUAAUAUUUAUUCCAUUAUAUUAAAUGUGGUGUUACCUGAUCAAUAUGGCGUGCAGAUGCCAAAGGAAUUAAAACUGUAAUAUGAGAGUAAUUAGAUCUAAAUUGAAAAACUU